CCCAAGUUUGAUUCUUGCGUGUGAGCCAUUGGGUCACGGUUAAAUUUUCUCCGCACUGGAUAACACCUUUUUUUACUUAUUUCUACGAAGGACUAAUCUGGGGUCUGUGUCCUCAAACGGAUCAUCUUUAAAGUUAAUUGGGUCGUCAUGAGUUCGUCCGUAGUGAAACGCGAAUGGCUUGGCUUGGAGGGGCACAUACAAGCUCUGAACAGCAACUGUGGGCUUUCCAAGCUAAAAGAACAAGAUAAAGGGGACAGACACUGGUUCAUUAUGCAGGAUUCCAACCUCUUGUUUUAUGACCAAAAAGCUAGCCAGGCUCCACCAGAUACCAAACCAACAGGAUCUAUAAAUGUUGGUUCAUCGGUGGUAGAUGUAAUUGUUGUUAUUUCAAGCAAAGAGGGAAAAGACUAUCAGCUGUUCCCUCCACGGGAUGUGUGUGUAUUUGAUUGGGUUGCAAGUCUCAAGGAAGCAACAAGAUUGGCGAGUAAACAACAUUCGGAGGCAUCUUUUGAGCGUGGGGCAGGAGGUGGGAGUAUCAUGGGCAGGUUGCGGAACAGUUUGCGCCGAAAGAAAAAAGUGACUCGAGCCUUGUCAGAUACUAGUAAAGUUGGAUCCAAUGUAAACGGUUCUGCAUCAAGUGACACAACCGGGGACCAUGCUGAGGACCCCUCCUUGAAACUGGAGACAAAGUUGAAAACCCGCGUUCAGCGUUCCAAGUCCUUUCCACACGAAGAAUCACAGAUUGUCGAACUUAAACUAAUGCCAUCGUUUAAUGAACAGGAAAAGGAACCGGCAGUGGAGGCAGAAGAAGCAGUUUCGUGUGACCCUGUAUGCGAAAAUAGUUGCGAAAAGAUAUCAGUACAAAUACCACCUAAAGAUGGUAAAAUUGCAGAGAACGAAGAAGAACGAAAACGACAACCAAUUGUAACUGAGUCCAUUGAAGUGCAAACUGAACCAAUUACAGUCGAAGAGCUGCUUUCGUUUCAACAACAGAAAUUAAUAAAAGAACUUGAAAUAGAGGUUUGCAAGCUGAAAUGUGAAGUUAUAAGUUUGAUUCAAGGAAGUAUAAAGAUUCCUUUAAAAGAUGACGACUUGGCUGACUGGCAACUUAUAGAAGACAUCAGGUAUAAGGACCGUAUUUAUCAGUUGUUGAGAGAGGCUCGGCUUUACAACCCAAGUUUGCCAAAUUUUGACAGCACAUCAGCUUCAAGUAGUUUUAGAGACAGUUAUGGUUUUAUCCAUGGAGCCAGAGAGAGCGAAAGUGAACUGUUUCACUUCCUUUGUCGUGAGCUGAAACAACAUUACUCGAGCUUUUAUCAGAACAGAGAUGGUCAUGCCCGUUUGUGGUCACAGUAUGUGAAAGCUAGGCAACAAGAAAGCAAAGACGUGGUUUUUAACGAGCAAGGAAUGAAAGCAUUGUUAAGAGAAGGUAUCCCCAGAAGCUGCAGAAGCGAAGUAUGGAGAAGUGCAAUGGCGCAAAAGGUAGAACAUUUAAAGAAAGAGAAGGGGAGAGAUUAUUAUCAAAAGCUUCUUCUCCAAGUGGAGAGACGCAAGAAUCUCUCUGCCAAUCACCCGCUUGGUGUUACCGAGAAUCAGAUCAAGUGCGAUCUGCUACGAACCCUGCCGAACAACGAACGGUUCCGAUCAGCAGACUCCGAGGAGGUUAAAAAACUGUCAAGGAUUCUCCACGCGUUUUGUGUCCAUCGUCCAGAUAUAAACUAUCUUCAGGGAAUGAAUUUUAUUGUGGCCAUGUGUCUUCUUUUUAUGGACGAGGAAGACGCUUUUUGGUCUUUUGUCGCUGUUUCAGAAGUUUAUCUUAAAAACUAUUUUGAUAAAGCAUUGAGUGGAGCUCUGGCUGAUCAGUCUGUUUUGAAUGAACUCCUGAGUGACUUGUUACCAGCUUUACACGCGCACCUCAAGUACUAUGGAGUGGACAUCUCCACUGUCACAUUCAAUUGGUUUAUUACAAUCUUCAUUGAUGCUGUUCCAUUUGAGACCGCUAUGAGAAUUUGGGAUUGUUUUGUCUUUGAAGGAAGAGAGGCCCUAUUUCGGAUCGCCGUUGGCUUAAUGAAAGUCCAGCAGCCGGCACUGCUGCAGUUGUCAUGUCCGCUGGAGAUCAUGCAGUACAUGAAGAGAGCUGCAAGGGUCACUUACGACAAAGAUCAGCUUUUCAAGUCGUCGUAUGAAGACGUAAAGGUCUUCCCAACUAUAGAAACUCUGGACGAGAAGCAAGCAAAGUAUUUAGGUGGUGCUGAUACAAGACUCGACGAGAGGUCGAUUACAAGGGAUGAACGAACGCGCUCCCGUGUCAGUUCUUUCACGGUGGAAAUCCCCAACCAGGAGAAGCUUGAAAAACCGGAUCAACACGAAAUUCUGGAAUGCGCUUUGGCAACAAGUCGAGAUUUGUCAAGCCCCGUGUGUCUAUUCUGUAGCAGUAGGCUGACAGCAGAAUUUUAUCUCCUGGACAUCAACAAGAAGGAAAUGAAGGCGCUUGACGUAGAUACGAAAUCACGUGUUCUAUGUUGUGAUAUGUUGGACGAUGGCACUAUCUUAGUGGGGACGGUGUCGUGGUACAUACAUGCGUUCGUUUUGGAGCUCAGUUCGGAAGUAUGGUGCAUCCAGCUUAAUGAUUCAGUCAUCGACAUUGCUCAUUUACCAGAAGGAAAAGUUUUUGCAGCCUUGGCCGAUGGAUCGAUUGCCGUGUUACAGGUAUGAAAAAUAUCAUUUUUGAUCAGCUGAUUUUAAUAGGGAGAAACAAACGGCCUCACGAUUGUUAAAAGAACUCUGGCCGGGUUUUACGAACCAGCGGUCCCAUGUCC